GGGAUUUUAUAACAGUCGACGAGGUUCGGCCGUCGUUGACGUUUCCAGUCGGUGGCCGUCGAGUGUCGACCCGUAAUCAUCAGGAUGAGGCGACGGGCCGGCGUCGGUGCCAUCCACAAGCAGAAACUCGAACAGGAACGUUACAAGGACAAAGGGACGGAGCUGCAGGAACGCGAGCUCGACCAGAUGACGAAACAGCUCGAAGUGUUCCGCGUCAACCUCGAAGAGUUCGCAGCAAAUCACAAGAACGAAAUCAAGAAGAACGCCACGUUCAGGCGUCAGUUCCAGGAGAUGUGCGCCGCCAUCGGUGUCGACCCGCUCGCCUCCAACAAAGGCUUCUGGUCAGUACUCAACAUCGGUGACUUCUACUAUGAGCUCAGCGUGCAGAUCGUUGAAGUCUGCCUGGCCACAUCGUCCAAGAAUGGAGGACUCAUUGGGUUGGAUGAACUGCGCGAGAAGCUUCUCAUUUCACGUGGAAGGGCGCAAGAAGUGACGAAUGAGGACAUCCUUUGCGCUGCCAAGAAGCUUAACAUGUUUGGCAAUGGUUUCAAGAUCCUGCCCGUUGGUGGGGGGCGGUACGUCGUACAGUCUGUUCCCGGGGAGAUGAGCAUGGACCAGACGAGUGUUCUGUCCUCAGUGUCGAACAACGCAAACGUUUCGCUGUCAUACCUUAUCUCACAGCUCAACUGGACCAAGCCUAGAGCGGAAAAAGCUCUACAAGGCUUAGUGACAGAAGGCUUAGCAUGGGUGGACACCCAAGACUCAAAAGAAACACUUUACUGGUUCCCAAGUUUCUUCACGGGAUGCAUCAACUCUUAAAUUUUCUUAAUAAUUACACAACUAAUUGUACAUAGUUUAUAAUACCUAUUUUUGUAUAUAUUGUAUAUUUAAAAAGCGAAAAAAGUAAAAUAGUUGCUUGAGUA